AUGUCUGACAACGAGGUCAAGCCCGACGCCGUCGCCCCCGAGGCCGUCGCUGAGGAGCAGGUCGACGCUGCCGAGGCCGUCGAGGAGCAGGUCACCGGCAAGUCCUCAUUCACGGCCGCCAAGGAUCAGCCCAGCAAUGCCCGGACGCUUCCCAAGCCCACCGAGAACGAGUCGUUCGCCUCCAUCACCCUCUACCCCCAGCCUGGAGAGACUAUCCAGGAGCUCAAGCUCAACGUGAGCGAGUGGGUUGGCGGCUACUGGCUCGGCCCCUUCUCGCUCCGUCUCCCCGGCCAGCGCUCUGCCGAGCCCCUUGGCCAGUCCAAGGACGGCAUUGAGAUCUUUGCCGGCGAGAAGCUGAGCGACUGGAUCGAGGUCGGCGAGGUCUUUGAGCACGUUGCCGAGGACGGCGAGCGUGUCCUCGAGGCCGUCAAGGAGGCGUACACCGAGGGUGCUGCCCGCCAGGCGAUUAUCCGCCUGCUCGACUACAUUGAGCCAGUUGGUACCACUGUCCACACCCUCUCGACGCCCCAGGGCAUCGCGCCCGGCGCUACCAUCUUCGAGUCGGUCCGUGACGGCCUCUCCGCUACUCUGGGCUCGACCGAGACCGUCUACGAGGAGGUCGAGGUCGCCCUUCCCUCUGCUCGCAAGGGCAAGGUCGGCAAGAAGGAGGUCGUCAAGGUGAAGAAGGAGAUUCCUGCCCAGCAGGCCAACGCCUUCUCCGACUGGAAGGGAUGGUCGUCGGUUCCUCUGUCCAAGCUGCCUGUCGCCCAGGCCCCUGUCGAGGUCCUCCCCACCCUCCGCUCGAUCCAGCUGUCGCCUUUCAACCCUCCCCCUGCCCACCUCCGCCAGCAGGGCCACCAGCUCUACCUCCAGGUCUCGAUCCUCGAGGGCGACGUCUACACCCUCGUCUGCACGUCGCGCGGCUGGUACGCGUCCAAGUCGAACGUCAACAACUUUGACCCCUCUCCCCGCGACUCGGCUGCUGCCCCUACCCACAGCCUGAUCGACCUCCUCCACUCGCUCUCGCCCCUCUUCUCGGAGCGCAUCUUUGCGCUCCCCUCGCUCUCGUCGGCCCCUCCUGCCCUCGACCCCCUCUCCACUGUCGCCCUUCCCCAGGCCGAACCCGCCUACCCAUGGCUCGUUUCGGCCCCCAAGCCCGACACUGUCCCCGACGUCCUCCGCACCCAGCUUGCGUACCUCCACUCGGGUGCCACCGUUCCUGACGCGCUCGACUCGGCUCGUGACUGGAACGAGGAGAUCCAGGGUGUCAAGGAGCUCCCCCACUCGACCAUGCAGGAGCGCGUCUUCCGCGAGCGCAUGGCUCAGAAGACUUGGGCCGAGUUCACCCAGGCUUCGCUCCGCGCCGUCAACGCCGUUGCUCGCGGUGACGUCGUCGCCCUCAACCCCAACGAGCCCAGCCGCUCGCACAUGUGGCUCCACGCCAACAUCUUUGUCACCAAGGCCAUCGACUCGAUCGACGCCUACUCUCACCUCGGUGGUGACGCUGCUGCCCACGUUUCGCACGCCAAGGACGCCGAGGGUGUCCGUCUGCUGAACCGUCUCGACGUUGACGGUGCCUACCUCCUCGGCCACACCGUUGUCGACUGGCAGGGUGAGCGCUGGGUGUGCCAGUCGGUUCUGCCCGGUAUCUUUGCUCGUCGCGAGGCCCCUGCCGCUGAGGAGACUGAGGGUGCCGAGAAGAAGGAGGACUGGGUCAAGGUUGACGGCGCUGUCAGCGAGGCUGCCGCCGAGUCGACCUCCAACCCCCUCAUCAUCUACGGUGUCGACUCGGAGCAGACUGCUACAGCCCACUGGGACGAGGCCACCCACAAGGUCAUGGAGAAGAUUGCUUCCCACCAGCGCCUUGCCGCCCACAAGGUCACGACUGGCGGCAAGGAGCACGAGUUCUACGCUUCCGCCGAGGUCAAGGGUCUCCGCGGCUCGGACGGCCGUCGCUACCUCCUUGACCUCCCCCGUCUCAACCCUGUUGACAUUGAGUGGCUCGAGAAGGACUACAACGGCAAGCUCGCUGGACCUGACGCCGAGGCCGACGCCCCCGUCUACCCCCACCGUAUCGCCCUUCUCCGUCCCGAGCUUGUUGAGCUCUUCUGGGAGAGCGAGCUCAAGCGCUGGGCCCGCAACGUCGCCGCUGAGCAGGCCGCCAAGAAGAAGGCCGAGGCCGGUGAGAGCGAGGAGAAGGAGGGUGAGACCGCCGCCGACGGUGAGAAGAAGCCCGAGGCUGCCGAGGAGCCCGCCAUCGACCCCUCGACCAUUGCCACGCUGAAGGAGUUUGAGCUCCGCUUCAACCCCGACGCCUUUGUUGACGACAAGGGCGCCGACGGCAUUGCUCCUUCCAAGUACUCGGACGAGAGCGACCCCUCGAUCAAGGCCGUUCGCGACGCUUCGGUCUUCCUCCGCACGAUCGCUGUCCCCGCCGUUGCCCUCGACGUCCUCACUGGCGCCGCCUCGGGCAUCAUGGACGGUACCUCGCUUACUCGCCACCUCCACGCCCGUGGUAUCAACAUCCGUUACCUCGGUCACCUUGCUGCCACCAUUGACCAGUUCUCCAAGGGCCCCGAGGGCGAGAAGCGCGCCGCUGUCGGCCACCUCGGCUCCCUCAAGAACAUUGUCCUCCAGGAGAUGGUCUUCCGUGCCUCCAAGCACAUUCUCCGCCGCCUCGUUCGCGGCCUCCUCCCCGAGCAGGUCCCCGCUGCCGUCUCGCACUUCCUCAAUCUCCUCCUCGGUACUCGUGUCAACGCCUCCCCCAAGGCUGUUUACGAGCGUGUCGACAUUGGCCCCGCCACCGAGCCCGAGUACGUCUCGCUCACCGCCGAGGCCGUCCGCAAGGAGAUUAUCAGCGAGAUUGAGACUCGCUUCCGCUGGAAGCUUGACGAGACCUUCCUCACCGAGGGCAUUCGCCGCCCCCAGCUCCUCCGCGAGCUUGCUUCGCGUUUCGCGUUCCAGCUCGCUCAGCAGGACUACGUCUUUGAGCCUGUUGCCGAGGCCGCUGCCCCCAACGGCGAGAGCGACAAGGAGAACCGUCCUGCCGCCGCCCCGAAGGCCAAGAAGGGCAAGGCUCCCGUGGCUGCCAAGCGCGCCACCACCUUUGCUCCUGAGGACAUUCUCACCCUCAUUCCUCUCGUUCGCUCGACGGCUCCUUCGGUCUCGGUCGCUGAGGAGAUCUUCGAGGCUGGCCGCAGCACCAUCAACCGCGGCCAGGUCGACAUGGGUCUCGAGUUCAUGCUCGAGGGUAUCCAGCUCUACGAGCAGAUCCACACCGUGAUCCACCCCGAGGUCGCCGCCGCGUACAACCAGUACGCCAGCACCCUCCACCAGCUCGCUCGCAUCAAGAUCCAGCAGCUUGCCCAGCAGGAGAACGCCGACCCCGAGCAGCCCCUUGGCCUUGACAUUGGCACUGGUCUCCGUCUCCAGCGCCAGGCCGUCAUCAUUGCCGAGCGUACCCUCGGUGUCUACCACCCCGACACGCUUGCGUACUACUUCCAGCUUGCCAUGCUCGAGAACCUCGAGGGCAACUCGCAGGCUUCGCUCCGCUACUUCCGCCACCUGCUCUCGCUCUGGGACGUCAUCCACGGCCCCGACCACCCCGAGAUCAACACCAUCCUCAGCAACGCUGGUAUUGUUCUCCAGGCGCUCAACGAGAAUACCACCUCGAUCAGGCUCCUCGAGCAGACUGCGGAGCGCACUGCCGAGCAGUUUGGCGACAAGCACACCCAGCACGGUUCGGCUCUCCACCAGCUCACCCAGGCUCACUUCCUUGGCGGCGACUUUGCCAAGGCUCUCGAGUCGUCCAACGCCGCUCUUGAGAUUUUCAAGGCCCAGUACGGCGAGGAGCACAACCAGACCAAGGAGGUUGCCAAGAACGUCGAGCUCCUUACUGCCGUUGUCGACAAUGUCGAGCGCCAGAAGGCCGCUCAGGAGCAGAUGAAGAAGCAGCACGUUGAGCGCCUCGCGGCUGCUCGCACUGGUGCCCCUGCCCCAGUUGCCGCCGGUGGCAAGAAGCGUGUCCUUGUCCAGCCUCCUACCGCCGUCAACGGCGCGUCUGCUGCCGCCCCUGCCGACGGCGAGGCUGCUUCCACCGCCGAUGGCGAGGCCGCCGAGCGCUCGAUCGACGAGCUCGUCAAGUACAUCCAGGGCUCGAUUCCUUCGAAGCCCGCCCGCGGAGCUAAGAACAGCCUUCGUGGCAAGCGCCGCACCGGCGCCAAGCGGUAA